AGUUAGGCACAAUAAUAACAUAAGUACCUACUCAAAUCAUCUCUUUAAGUAGGUUUUACGAUAUCAUUAACAACUAGUACUUGGUCUUUAUCAGAAGGUUAAAUGCAGUCAAAUUAAGUUUCAUAAUAAUAUUUCAAUAGCUAAUAAUAGCAUAGAAAUUAAAAUAACAUGAAUUAUUUUCUGGACCCAAGCUUACAAUUUGUAAAGAGCGAUUUCUAAUCUAGAUCAAAUCAACACAGCUCUCUCAUAAAUUAUUAAAUUGAUUCUCCUACUAUCACAGAAAUUCGUUAGCAUAAAAAGUUGAUGCAAAUUUUUAACAAGGACAUAAAAAAUAAAGAUAAUAUUAAUAAUUAUCUUACUGAACAAGUAAAAAAAAGUAAAGAUAACUUAGAGGAUAUCAAUUAAUUUGUUUAAAAAUAGAAUUUAAUCCUUUUAAACAAUAAAUAAAAAUAGAACAUGAUAGCUACUUUUAAUGAUUUAAAAACAAAAGCAAAUGAAAGGCAAUUUAAAACGUCAAGGAUAUCGUAAACAAAUGAUGACAAGAAAAAAUCUAAAUCGCAACACUAGCAAAAUAUGCUUUAAAAUUUAGAUUAAUAACUGCAUUUAAAUUAGUAAUGCAUUUAAGAAAAAAAUUGCUCGUGUGCUAAGUGUUAAAUUAAAGUAAUUUAUGAAAAGAUAGGUCCAUACCAUUUUCAUCAAAAGUAGGAUGAUAAUAUUAUUAGUUAAGUUUUAGAAUAGAAAGGCUAAUAAGUAAAAUCUUUAAAUUAUUCUACUUAGGAUAAUUGCUAAAUAUAUCCAGAUAUACAAAAUAUUUAGUAGGAUCAGCGCACUUAAGAUAAUUCAUAUGUCAAAAAAUCUUUAAGUUAUUAUUAAAAUAAUACUUUAUAGAAGAGUAUUCUUAGUAAUCAAAUUGAGCAAUUCUAAGAUAAUAACACCUUUAAUUUACCAGAAAGUAGUAGAAACUCACUAAGUGGCUCAACAUGUUUUAAUGACGCAAUAAAUUAAUAAUAACAAGUAAAAGCAUAAGAAGUUUUACAGAGUGGUUUUUACAAUAAGCAAUAAGAGGAUGUAAGUAAAGAAUAGAUGCUAUCUUAAAUGUAUGAUUAGAAUACUUAAUUGUAGUAAUUAAUCAAAGAUUAGCAAGAUUACAUUUAAAUCUUAUAUAAGCAGAUGGUUUUAUAUUAAAAUUUGCUUGAUCAUUAUAAAAUUCCUUAUUCUCAAACAAAAAAUAAACUACAACCUUCAGAAUCCAAUUUUUCUCUAUAAGGAUCAACAGCUGCCCCUUCACCAGUGAUAAGUUAACUUUGCCAUUCAUCAAGGACCUCAGAUUUUGGAUAGUUAGAUCAAAUAGAUUCUUCUAAUUAAGAGUAGUAUAACUAGUUUAUAAUCUAAGAUAAAAAUUAAUAAACAUAAAAUUUUAAGUAAUUAUAUGAGCAGUUUAACUUAGCUACAGCUAAAGCAAAAUUAAAUGCUAUGUAGUAGCAGUAAAAAGUUAUUUCUAAUGAAUGUUAAGCGAAAAAUAUAAAAUAUGAUAAUAAAAGUAUUUAAUAAAAUAACUUUUUUAACUCUGGAGUAUUAGAAAAAAACACAUGUGAAGCUAAAAAUUUUCUAGUUAAAUCCUUUGUUAAUGGCUGCAGUUCAAAUAAUUUACCAAUUAAUUAAUCGAAUGAUGAAAAGCAACUCUAAAAAUUAAAUAAAAACAGCAUUGAGUGCUUCUAACAAAGAAGGAAAUCUAUUUUCAAUUAAAACUCUAAUUAAAUGUAAAACUAAGACUCAAUAAAGAAUGAUGAUGAUCAAAUAAUUUCAAGCAAUACAGUUUCAAAUUGUUAAUCAAAAUUUUAUUCUAGCAAUGAAAGUCCUAUUAAGAUUUAUUAAGAUCUAUAAAAAUUUUGUUUAUCAUCAUAGAAUUUAGAUUAAUAAAUACAAAAUCAUUACAUGAUUAAUAGUGCAAGAAAUUUUAGCUCUACAUCUUCACCAUAGAAAUAAGUCAAUCAUUAAGUAGAUAUUCAAGACAUGAUGUAAAGCUUUAAAAUUAGAUUUAGAAAUUUUUUGUAAAACUUGAAAAAGAAAUCUAUUGAAAAACCAAGUUAAUUUAGCAGAAAAAAUAUGCUAAUUAAUAAAAGCUUAAUAGACAAAAGUGCUAAUUAAAAUAAUUAUAGAUAACAGAUGUUUAUGUCUCCUUAAUGUUCUCCAUAGAAUAAAAAUAACAGUAAAGGCAAACAAAUGAUACACUAAGAAUAAUUUUCAACAUUUUAACUACCAUUUUAAAGAAAACAAAAUCAGUAAUAUUUCUGUACAUUAAAUAAAAUAAUAGAAUCACAAAAGUUAACUAAUUUUUGA